GGACACAAAAUGGCGGCGAAUCUGAACAAACCUGCAGAUUUCGCUCUCAAACGGGAAAAGGAGAAAGAAAAGAUUCUUCCUUUUCUUAUACCUCCCUCUGAAUUUGAAAAACCAGUAAUAGCCAGUCGUUCAGAACUCGACAAAGCUAAGAAAGAAAUACAGGAACUGAGGGAACAAAAUGACCAAUUGAAGGUCCAAUACGGCCUGGUACAUCAACAGGCUGCUGCCACAUCUUUUGCAUCAUCUCACAAUGAAUAUGCGGAUGAGCUAAUCAAGAGGCAGGCUGGUGAAAUAGCUGAUUUACGCAGAGAGCUCUCUCGAUGUAGAGAGAUUUAUGAGCAGGAAGCAGCCGAGUGGGACAGAAAGUUUGCUGCAGUAGAAGCAGAGCAUUUGGAUGAAGUGAAAAGAAGAGAAAAAGAGAACAGGUUGAGAGAGGAUGAAUUUGAGCAGAGGAUAACACGUGUCAGUGCUGAACUUCAGAGGACUAUGGAAACAGCUGAGGAAGAAGAGUUGGCUCUGAAGGAGAGACUGGAGUCCACCCGGUCCGUGCUUGGGUCCCGAGUCAAGGAGCUAGAGGAAGAACUUGAUGGUCUGAAGAGAGACAGCCACAGCUCUAUCAGGAAGCUAGAGGCAGACAUAAGGAAUAAGGAACGGAGUGUAGAAGAUCAGGAGCACCAGAUCGCUAAGCUGAAGACAUACAUCGGGGAGGUUGAACAAUCUCACAGACCAGUACAAGUGUGGAGAGCAGAGAAGGAGACAGUGGACAACAAACUCCGAAUGGCAGAGGCAGAAAAUCAGAAAUUCCAAUCAGAACUCGAGCUGAUGGGUGUGAGAUUCAAAGCUUUGGAAAAUAUUUUAUCAGUACAGGAGACAGAACUCAGUAAGGCCAAAAGCAAACACAGUGGAAAAGACAAGCAGUAUGAGGAGGUGCUAACAGGAUGGAGAAGGAAGGUGUACUCACUUCUUGUGCAGCAAAAGUCUUCAGAUAUUGUGAGCCGAAAUGAUGUCAACAACCUCAAACAAAGGAUAAAAGAUCUAGAGGAUCAGCUGAUGUCGAGUGAGGCCAAGUCAGACAUGUUACAGCAUUCACUCAAGGACAAGUCUGCACAGUUACAAAUUGAGCUGAAUAAUAAACAGAGGAUUCAAGAUGAUCUGAGUCAAGUGCAGCAAGUAGCUGAAUGUUUGGAUGACCAGUCUAAGGAGAGUUCGCAGCACCUUUCACAGUUUCUGCAAUUUGUAAACAGGUACGACAAGAAAAGUGCAGAGAUCAUGAAGACUUUGGAGGAGAAAUGCAGUUCCCUCAAAGCUUUUGGCCAGAGAGUUUCCUUUGCUGCUAGCCGAAUGGAAUAUUUGAAAGCUCAGUUCAUAAGGAAAGCAGCUUUCACGAACACUUCUGGCACUCAGAACGAUUCUAAGAAAUCUUUGUCUGUGUCAAGGGCUGAUGAGGACAUGUCCAGAGACAGUGAGGACCACUUGUACCAGGAGCUAGAGCGUGUGAUGCGAGAGAGAGACUCGCUGGCCACUCAGGUGAAAGAGGACACCAGCAAGUGGUCACAGCGUCUCACACAGACACAGACACAAUAUCGCUCGGAAGUUAGCACUUUGAAGAGAACCGUGGAGGAAUUAGAGUAUGACAUACAACAAAAGUCUAAGACAUGCAGUCAGCUCACAGAUGAACUGGAAACAAUAAGAGAAAGUAUGAGGGAAAAAGAUGACACUAUAGCACAGCUGCAAGCUGAACUUGAAAGGCAUGCUAAGGGUAUUGAAACAGUAUUGACGGAUCAGCACCUGAGAGAUGAGGCUGAGUACUCUAACAGACUGGCUGAGGUGGAGAAAAGACUGAAUGAGUCGAAAAGAGAGCAUGCUAAAGCAGUGGUCAGCCUAAGGCAGCUUGAGCGCAACCAUGCCCGAGAACAGCAGCGGAGUCAAGAGCUGCUGCGCACAACAGAGGAACACUUAGGUCGCCAGAUACAGCAGCUGCACACACAGCUUGUCAGUGUGGAAAAGGAGAGAAAUGUUGUCAUGGCAACAUUGAGGCAAGAGGGUCUUAUCAGCAAGCUGAAGACUGACCGAGGAGAGCCAGCAAGACUGACCCUUGAGGAGGUGGACACAGCCCUUCGGGGCAUAGUGGAAGGGACAACACCCACUGGCGAAGUGCACUUUGAUUUUCUACACAAGGACCAGAAUGAAGAGGACAAUGAAGCUGAUGAAAGUCGGGAGACACUGACUAAAGACAGUGGUCAGAUGGAAGAAGAGGACUUAAUGCCUUCUCAGCAGUCACAUGAGCCCGUGGAGAGGGUUUUAGAGGAUUUGAAGUCCCUAACAGCUGCCAUAUUUGAUGAUGAUGAAGAGGAGGAGGAGGGAAGGAAAGAACAUGCUUACAAAGGUCAUGGAAGUCAAAAGCAACAACUUGUAAAAGACGGGAGUCAGGAGGAUGAUGAGGAUUUAAGUGAAAAUAAGUGAUAUCGUGAUAUGACUUGUGCAGUAUGAGUGCAUGGCUGUGCAUGUAUGACAUGUUAACAUGUUUGAGUGUGUGUGUGUGGGUGUGUGUGUGUGUGCAUGUGUGUGUGUGUGUG